AGUGAAAAUGUGUAACUGCACGUGGACUAUAAACCAAUCAUCUGUCAGCUAUUUGAUCAAUACUCCCUUAGACAUACUCCUUGUGUAUAAAUACUGUACGCUCUCACUUCUCCGUGGUUUUCCCUCGCUGUCUACGGAGAAAUCUAUACUGUAGGUGUUCGAACAUGAACACUAAUUACAAGAAAGGUCGCUCACAAAGCCUGCCUAAUUGGAAUGGCGAUGACAAGUUACACUACAGACUGACCAUCAUGGGCGCCGCCGGAGUCGGCAAGAGCUGUAUCAUCUCACAGUUCCUCUACGACCGCUUUAUUAGUGAGUACAAAGAAACUGUGGAGGAAUUCCACCGCGGGGAAUACACCGUGGACGGCCGAGAAUUGAUCCUUGACAUUUUAGACACCGCGGGUGCACAUUCAUUUCCGGCCAUGCGCAGACUGGCCAUCUCAACAAGUGACGCUUUUGUUUUGGUGUAUUCUAUUGACGAUGAGUCCUCGUUUCAAGGAGUGAAAUAUUUGCGAGACAUUAUUUUAGCAGAGCGAAAGGGGGAAAAUGUACCAAUAGUUGUCGUGGGAAAUAAGUCCGACAUUUCCGGGGAAUGUAGAGUCAUCCUGAAAGAAACUGCUGAAUCAAUUGUUUGCUUAGACUGGGAGAAUGGCUAUGUUGAAGCCUCUGCGAAAGACGGUAUAAAUAUUUCGGGGAUUUUCAAAGAAAUCCUUCGACAGACAAACAUGGGGUUCAAUAAAACUCCACUUCCAAAACGAAGAAGACUCGGCUCCACUUCAUCCGAAAAUUCUGACAUAUCAUAUUCAUCCUCUCGAAACCGGAAAAGCUGCACUAUAUCGUAGCAUUGAUUACAUGAAAUUAAAUUUGUUUUAUUCAGAAUAAAAUGUAUUGCAUUUAU